AUUUCAUAUACACAGUUGAUAAAGGAAUACCCAAAAUACCAAAAUUCUCAAAUACGGAACGGAAAUACCAAAUGCUCACUCCUACAUAAACGUGUUUGGUCUAGUGGUCUUACCGUAUACAACAGUACCUCCUCUGCUUAGGUAGAUUCUUGUUGUUGGUAAUCAUCUGAUACAGACAUGGCCAAUAUCACAAGCAUCGGAGUUAUCGGCGCCGGUCAAAUGGGUUCCGGAAUUGCCCAACUCGCCGCCGUCAACGGCAUCGACGUUUGGUUUUACGAUACUGAUUCUGAAGCUCUUAUUAAAGCCCGAAAUUCUAUUUCCAAUAAUAUGCAACGCCUCCUCUCCAAAGGACAACUCUCUCAGGAAAAAAGUGCUGACGCUGUAAGACGUCUACGGUGUUCAUCCCGCUUGGAAGAUUUAGAUUCAGUUGACUUUGUUGUUGAGGCUAUUGUGGAAUCCGAACAAGUGAAGAAAUCUUUAUUUGCCAACUUGGAUAAGAUUGUAAAGAGCUCUGCUAUUUUGGCUUCUAAUACAAGCUCCAUAUCUAUUACUCGUCUAGCUUCUGCAACGAACCGACCCUGCCAGGUGAUUGGCAUGCACUUUAUGAAUCCUCCACCCAUUAUGAAGCUGGUUGAGAUUAUUCGGGGCGCAGAUACAUCAGAAGACACAUAUUGUGCCACUAAAUGCCUGGCAGAGAGGUUUGGUAAGACAGUUAUCUGCUCUCAGGAUUAUUCUGGCUUCAUUGUAAACCGAAUUUUGAUGCCUAUGAUUAAUGAAGCCUUUCAUACACUUUAUACUGGAGUUGCAACAAAAGAAGACAUCGAUACAGGAAUGAAGCUGGGAACCAACCAUCCUAUGGGUCCUUUGGAACUUGCAGAUUUUAUUGGACUGGAUGUUUGUUUGUCGAUUAUGAAAGUUCUUCAUGUCGGUCUAGGGGACGAUAAGUAUGCUCCAUGCCCUCUUCUUGUGCAGUAUGUUGAUGCUGGUAGACUUGGUAAAAAGCGAGGCAUCGGCGUAUAUGAUUACCGUAGUGCUGCUGCAGACACAGGAAAAUCUCCUCGACUUUGAAUGCCCUUACACUUGAGUUUGUGAAACAACUGCGACUUGUUGAAGCAUGAUCCUUCUUGCUAUACCACUCUUAUCUUCCUCAUGUCUCAAUAAAAGAGAAAAAAAGGUGACAGGGAUGUAUACAAUGUCUGGCUAUGUGAUUCCUGGUUUGUUUGAGUUGUCAAAAAGAUAACGGUUGUUCGACGACAACCUGGUGUAUCUUUUCUCAUGUUAUUGCAUAGCUUUUCUUGUUGCCAAAUGCCAAGUCCAGGCUUUUCUGGGCAAUUCCAACUUUUUCUUCUUCAACUUUUUCCAACUUAGGUAAGUUCAUAUGCUGAUGCUGAAAUUAGCUGGGGCACAAAAAAGGUAAAAUCAAACUUGGUCUUUUCGUGGCAUUCCCCUCAAUGAAGGCUUAUGGAACAAUGAUAAUAUUACUUCAAUU